UCUCCUUGUGCGAGAUAAGGAACGAGACUUGAAAAACUUGAAAGAUUUCUUUUUUAAAAAUCACGUUUUGGCUUAUAUCUUCAUCAUAUUUCACAAUGCCAGACUACUUAGGCGAUGACCAGAGAAAGGUCAAAGAGGAAGACAAAAAAGACGAGCCGAUACAAGCACUUGAUGAGGCUGACAUCGCACUACUGAAGACAUAUGGUGCUGGGCAAUAUAGCAAGUCUAUCAAGUCAGUCGAGGAGGACAUACAGAGUAUAUUGAAGCGUGUCAAUGAACUAAGUGGAAUCAAGGAGUCUGAUACUGGAUUGGCCCCUCCUGCACUAUGGGAUCUGGCAGCUGACAAACAGACUCUACAGAGUGAACAACCUCUGCAGGUUGCCAGAUGUACCAAAAUUAUCAAUGCAGACUCUGAUGACCCCAAAUACAUGAUCAAUGUGAAACAGUUUGCCAAGUUUGUAGUAGACCUUGGUGACCAGGUGGCCCCUACAGACAUAGAGGAGGGCAUGAGGGUUGGAGUUGACCGUAACAAGUACCAGAUCCACAUCCCCCUGCCUCCCAAGAUAGACCCAACAGUGACCAUGAUGCAGGUUGAGGAGAAACCAGAUGUAACUUACAGUGAUGUGGGAGGAUGUAAGGAACAGAUAGAGAAACUCCGAGAAGUGGUUGAGACACCUCUACUACAUCCUGAAAGAUAUGUGAACCUAGGUAUUGACCCACCCAAGGGAGUGUUGCUAUUUGGGCCCCCAGGUACAGGCAAGACCUUGUGUGCCAGGGCAGUGGCCAACAGAACAGAUGCAUGCUUCAUUAGGGUCAUAGGAUCUGAGCUCGUACAGAAAUAUGUGGGAGAGGGGGCUAGGAUGGUUAGAGAACUAUUUGAGAUGGCACGUACAAAGAAAGCUUGCAUUAUAUUUUUUGAUGAGAUAGAUGCAGUUGGAGGUGCAAGGUUUGAUGAUGGUGCAGGAGGGGACAAUGAGGUACAGAGAACUAUGCUGGAGUUGAUCAACCAACUUGAUGGUUUUGACCCAAGGGGGAACAUUAAAGUACUCAUGGCCACAAACAGACCUGAUACACUAGAUCCAGCCUUGGUCAGACCAGGAAGACUCGAUAGAAAAAUAGAAUUUGGUCUCCCAGACUUAGAGGGCCGAUCUCAUAUAUUCAAAAUCCAUGCUAGGUCUAUGAGUGUGGAAAAAGACAUUCGAUAUGAACUCUUAGCCAGGUUAUGCCCCAACAGUACAGGAGCUGAGAUCCGUAGUGUAUGUACAGAGGCUGGAAUGUUUGCCAUCAGAGCCAGGAGGAAAAUGGCAACUGAAAAGGACUUUUUAGAAGCAGUUAACAAAGUCAUAAAGGCUUAUGCCAAGUUUAGUGCUACCCCACGAUACAUGACCUACAAUUAGUGACCCCUAUGGUAUUGGACUCAAAUAUGAAUCUGAAAGUUUUUCAAUGUCUGUCAUCCUCAUGUUUACAUAAACAGUAGAUGCAUAUAACAAUACAUGUAUAUUACAAUACAAGCAUAUAACAUGCAACAAGGCCAGUGAUAACAUGCAUAUACUGUAUUAUGUGCUGUUGUGAAUGAAAAAUAAAUAUUAUUAAU